GAGCUUCUCUUUGCCAAUUUUUGCUGUUUCUCUUCUUCCUACUACAAACUCCAUCCAUCAUCCUCCAUUUUCUUUUUGGCCAUUUCCAAAAUAAAAACAGUAAAAUCCAUUUUUAUUAUUGGACGAAAAUCAAAAAAAAGAAAAGAGAGAGAGAGAGAGGAGAAAAGAGGGCCUCACGCCCUCUUAUUAAAAGCUUCAUCCUCUCCAAUCUCUUAGAUUUCAAUCUCCCUUCUUCUUCCUCUUCUCCCUUUUCUUAAACUUCGGAAUCCAGGAUCGUGGGUCGAUCGGUUCUCACAAUCCGAUCAAGACCCAGUAGUUCGUUUUAAUCCUUCACUGUUUUCCAAAAGAAUGGAGAUGGAAUCAUGUAAGCUGUUCAUCGGUGGGAUCUCUUGGGAGACCACUGAAGAUCGUCUCCGCGAGUAUUUUCAGAGUUUCGGUGAGGUUUUGGAGGCCGUUAUCAUGAAGGAUCGAGCCACUGGUCGUGCUCGUGGCUUUGGUUUCCUUGUCUUCUCUGAUCCUAUUGUUGCUGAGAGAGUCGUGUUGCUCAGACACGUCAUUGAUGGUAAACUUGUUGAGGCGAAGAAGGCAGUUCCAAGAGAUGACCACCUAGUGUUGAACAAAAGUAACAACACUAGUCUCCAGGGAUCACCUGGCCCAGCUAACAGCAAGAAGAUCUUUGUCGGAGGUUUGGCUUCAUCGGUGACAGAAGCUGAGUUCAAGAAGUAUUUUGCUCAGUUUGGGGUGAUCACUGAUGUGGUGGUGAUGUAUGACCACAGAACCCAGCGACCGAGAGGCUUCGGGUUCAUCUCUUUUGAGUCAGAGGACGCUGUAGACAAAGUUCUGCAGAGGACAUUCCACGAACUCAAUGGAAAGAUGGUUGAGGUCAAACUGGCUGUUCCUAAGGAAAUGGCUCUGAACCCUAUCCGGAACCAAAUGAAUGUAAAUAGCUUUGGUAAUAGUAGAAUCAGUGCAUUGCUGAUGAACGAGUACACCCAAGGAUUCAGCCCGAGUCCAGUCUCCGGUUAUGGAGUCAAACCUGAAGUUAGGUACAGUCCAGGAUUAGGUAAUAGGGGUGGUGGAUUCUCACCGUUUGGACAUGGAUAUGGAAUAGAGCUGAACUUUGAGCCGGACCAGAGUCAAAACUUUGGAUCUGGUUCCAGUGCAGGCUUUGGACGGCCCUUUAGCCCAGGAUAUGCCGCGAGGCUUGGCAGGUACGGUAGCCAGAUUGAGUCAGGAGGAGUUGGGAACGGCUCUGUGUUAAAUGCAGCAACAAAGAACCAGUUAUGGGGUAAUGGUGGUGGUCUAGGUUACAUGUCAAACUCACCAAUAUCUAGAAGCAGCUUCAGUGGAAUGUCUUCACUAGGCAGCAUCGGAGACAACUGGGGACGUAAUAGCUACCGCAGUGAGGGAGGAGGAGGCUUAGGAUUAGAAGCAAUGAGAGGGGGUCAUGUUGGUGGUUACAGCAGCGGCUCAAGCAGCUUGGAGAAUGACUCUCUGUACAGUGACUCGGCGUGGCUUUCGAUGCCUGCAAAGGCGGAGGAAAGAAUGGGAGCGUUUGACUUCAUGUCUAGAGGACCAGCUGGAUACAUCAACAGGCAACCAAACGGAGGAAUUGCAGCUUAGAGAAGUGAGAAACUCAUUCCAUGGAGAUCAGAUGAUGAUUUGACUAUUUGCAGAAGAGAGUUUUUUAGAAGAUGAAAAAAAAAGAAGUAAUUGUUCCAAAAAAAAAUUAUUUACUUUCUUACUAUUUUGAUUGUUGUUAUAGUUUUUAUUUUUCACCCUUUUUCUAAUUUGGGGUUUUGUUUCUUUUUAUCUUGAAGUAAGAAAAAUGUAAAAUGAGUUAUAUAAAGAGACAAAGAAACAAUUUAAGUUGUGUA